CUGAUUGGUCGGAUGAUGGCACAAUGGUAUCGUACGAGAUACGAUUUUGUCAUCAUUAUCUUUCAAUGGAAAGAUAAUGAUGAGAAACCAACGAUCCAACACGACAUUCUUAGUCGGCUCAAUGCUCACGCCAUACUUCAAAUCGGUCUUUUAACGCUGCCGCGCCGCGUGGACGUGUGUUGGUUGUAUGGGAUCGGACUGGACGUUUGCUUGGAAACCGCUCUCACAUCGGUCACAUUUAGGCCCAACACUUACUUAAACAUGCCUCUGACGUUUGAGCUUGCUCCAGGUCGUAAAAUCGGAGGGGAUCAUCCUUGUUUUAUCAUUGCAGAAAUUGGUCAGAAUCAUCAAGGUGACAUCAAAAUCGCCAAACAACUGAUUAAAGUCGCAAAGGAUGCUGGAGCAGACUGCGCCAAGUUCCAGAAAAGCGAGUUAGACUUCAAAUUCAACAAGGCAGCAUUAGCUAAGCCAUACACUUCCAAGCAUUCCUGGGGAAAGACAUAUGGAGAGCACAAGCGAUUCCUGGAAUUCAGCCAUGAGCAAUAUAGAGAACUGAAGGCUUAUGCAGAGGAGAUUGGCAUAUUCUUCACAGCUUCAGGAAUGGAUGAAGCUGCACAAGAAUUCUUGAAUGAAUUAGAUGUUCCAUUUUUCAAGAUUGGUUCAGGAGACACCAAUAAUUUAACAUUCCUGGCAAAGAGUGCCAAGAUGGGCCGACCAAUGAUCAUCUCCUCAGGAAUGCAGACACUCGAUACAAUGAAAAAAGUAUACAAUACUGUGAAACCAAUAAAUGAAAAUUUUUGUUUCCUUCAAUGUACAAGUGCUUAUCCGUUAGCUCCAGAGGAUGUUCACCUGCGAAUUAUGGAUGUAUAUCGGAAGGAGUUUCCAGAUAUUCCCGUGGGCUAUUCAGGUCAUGAGAGCGGAAUGACCAUCACCCUUGCCGCCGUUGCAAUGGGAGCUAAGGUUGUCGAGAGACACAUCACAAUGGACAAGACAUGGAAGGGCAACGACCACGAAGCAUCAUUAGAACCUGACGAGUUGACUGAACUCAUUAAACAGAUUCGGAUUGUAGAACGUGCAUUUGGGUCACAUGUCAAGGAAAUGAGAGAAUGCGAGCGUCCAACGUUUAACAAACUGGGGAAAAGCAUUGUUGCUGCUAAAGCAAUCCCAGCAGGCACUCUGAUUUCCCAGGAGCACUUAGGAGUGAAAGUUGCCAUUCCAAAAGGACAUCCACCGGAAAACAUGAGCGACCUUUUAGGCAAAAGGACAAAGAGGGCGAUAGAGUAUGAUGACAGCAUUAAUCUGGAUGAUGUAGUUGAUGAAUAAAGCUGUAUGCUGAAAUUUAUUUUUAUGUUACAUUCAUAUAUUACUUAAUUUUGUUAUAAAUUCUUUAGUAGUUGCACUAAACAUGAGCAAAAUGGGUGUGACAGUGAGAUGUGUUCACAAUUUUUUUCAUAUCUAAGAAAGUCUAUUCGUAAAUAUUAGUACAAUGUAAUGAAAACAUAUUUAUUUUAGUAAUAAAGAAAUUGUUUAUUUAAAUUUGAUACCUUUUGAUAUGACCUUGCUUCUGAACAUUUCCAUUUGAUCGAUAUUAUUUUGAUUAAAAAAAUAUAUGACAAAUUUUACUUUACCAUUGGUGCCAUUUGCAGCUCAAUUUUCUGUUGCCAUGGUAACACUUAUGAAUAUUAAUUAGCCAAUUAAUAUCUAAAUUUGGCAUCUGUUUGUAGAUCAUAGGUUACAUUCUAGUUACCAUAGUAAAUAUAAACACUGGUUAUACUGUGUUAUUGAAUUUAGUUUGAAAUUCUGUGAAUUUAUUGUCAAAUUGAUUUGACUUGUGAUAAAUUGUGGACAGGGUUGUCAUUUGCUAGAGGGGCAAGGCAUGCCCCUGACAAGUGACAGGAGAUGUCAGGACAUCAUAAGAGCGUCUUAACAACUUUACCCACAGUUAGAGGAUUGCAUAAAUUGAAUGAAUAAGGAUCAAACUUUAAUGAAGUGGUGUUGUAGCUCUUGCAUACAACUGACUUACUUAAUUACAAAAUUUAUUUUAUGAUUUCCCAGCUGCGACCUACUAGCUGAUUUUUCUCUUAAUCAGGCUCCACUAUGUGUGAGCAUAACAUAUUUUGAUAUAAUGAGUGAUGUAAAAAGUAAGUACUGUAAAAUCAUGAUACAUAUUUUUUCAAUAAUAUUUCUAUGAGAUUCCUCCUAAUAAUAUAAAUGUAGAAAGUAAAAUUAACUGUGAUAUUUUAUUUAUUUUAUUUUGAUUUAUAUAUUUAGGCACAUCGACUAAGGAUUAAAUCAUUUUUUAUUGAUUUGUAUUCGUAGUCGUCUUGGUAGACAUCUUGUUGACGUUGUGAGUUAACAUUUAGGUUGCACUGAUAUUGGGUUAUAUUGACUUGUUGAAUUAUCAAAAUCAACAUUGAAAUGUAUUAAAACUUGAGUAACAACAUAAA